AUGGCAGUUUGUCAUCAAUCAGAUAAUGAUAAUGAGGCCAUUGAACAAAUCGAUGAAGAUAUAGCCGUGACUCAGAGUCAGAUGAACUUUAUUUGUCCCAUUACACAGAUGGAAAUGAAGAGGCCGGUUCGAAACAAAGUCUGUGGACAUACUUACGAUGAAGACGCCAUUCUGAAAAUUAUCCAGACUCGAAAGCAGCAAAAGAAAAAAGUCCGAUGCCCUAAAAUUGGCUGUAGCCAUGCUGAUGUAAAAGGAUCGGAUCUUGUGCCAGAUGAAGCACUUAAAAGAGCGAUUGACAGUCAGAAUAAACAAAGCUGGUCAACACUGGAGAAGUCAGCUGGAUACCCUGCUGCCACAAAGAAAAUUUGUUAUGAGAGGUCUUGUGAGAUAAGCUGCUGAUUGUAAGUAGGUUGUGUAACUGAUUGUUAUUUAAAGUGUUUCAUUUAUAGGCAAAGUUGAAGGUCUCAGCUGUAACUGAAAGCAUUUUUUAAACUGCCGAAUAUGAGGAAUUCCAGUUUAACUUGUUUGGUUUUUUUAACCUUCCCGCAGUUCUAAAAGCUUGCAUUUGAUAAAUAAAACGUGUUUUGCAGCACUUAGCCUU